AUGGUGAGGGAACAGCGCGGCCUCCCUGCCGCGGUGGUUGGCGGCCCAAAGGAACGGCACAUGAGGCAGAGCAGGCCCCAGUUCGACUGCUCUGCGCCUGUGCCCGAGAACUUUGCGGCGAGGCCUCUCGUGCCAAAGUCCAAGCAUCACACGUAUUUUGAGUUUGUCGCCAACGAGAACAAGAAGAAGAAGCUUGAAUAUGAGACCACAAUCAAGAGAACGCCGCCCGCAGGAUUCGAGUUUGUCCCCAUAGGCAACCCCGACCUGACCACGGCCUGCAAGGAAAUAUCUCGAGAAAAGGAUGCCAUGAUCUUCAUCGUCUCCAACGCCAAGGCAGCUCCCGGGACUACCAUCUCCGGCCAGGUUCACCGCGUCGGUCACCAUAUCAGAGCAAUGAUUGUUGAGGAGGCCAGGGCCAAGCUGGGCCACGUUCCCCAGCUGCCCGCCGUCACCACAACCAACGGAGCACCCGAGCCCAUUCCCGACUCGCAGGAAGUCUAUCACGCACAGGCUGACGCUGCUCUCAGAGAUUUGUUUCCUCGCAUCCCCAACACUGAUCGCCAAAUCAUUAUUGAUCAUUCCUUUACCCGAGUUCGUUUCCCGCCUCCUCGCCUGUCCCUCGCUAAUCGUCAUAUCCAGAGUGUUUCCAGCAAAGGCUCCGGCUCCGGGCCCGUCGGCCUUUCUAAGGACAUAUCCUUGGCUAGAAGAGUGCAGUUGGCCGUCCUGGCCCAUAUACGCCAUAACCACACUCCGUAUGAUCAGUACCUCAAGGAGGUGUCCUGGGAGAAUGCUCGCAAACUCGUGGAACAGCGUUGCCUGGAUACCCUUGUCCAGUGGCGAGGUGACGAGGAAACUGGCCGUGAUCAGCUGGAUGAAAUUCUCCGCGAAGUAGUCGUCAUCUCAGACUCUGAAACUGGAGACUCGGAUGAUGAGUCGACGGAUGCUACCUCGGCCGAGGAGCCAGACGUGGAACCCACCGCUGCCGGACCAGCAAGCCCAAGGCUCCCUCUGCCACAGCCCGGAUUGGAUAUCACCAUGGAGCAAAGUGGCCAACCCGGGCGUCCCGCUGGACAUGUACAAUCCCCUGACCCUAACCAACAAGGAUCCAAAUCUCAGAGGCGGAAUCAGCGGGGAUUUAAGCGAUACCGUGCCUGGGAAGAAGCCAUCCGGCGAAAUAGAGAGCUUCGGGGCUCUUCCUCUUCCACGGCCAUGGAGACCGAUCCUGGUCCCUACCCAACCUACGCUCGGCAGCAACCGCUGCACUCUGCCCCAAUCAUGCUGCCAAUUCACCGGCCACCAUUUGGAGGAUCAGCCGCUUCGCGGUCCCUCACGCCCCCGUCCCAUGAUGUACCACUUCCCUCGAUAGAGCCAACAUCACCCAUGCAGCCAUCAUUUGUGCGUCGCAUACCUCCUCAACGCCCCAUGGAUAAUCAGCACCCAGAAGCCUGGAAUCAGCCUCCGUUCCAAACCAGCGUACCGCCUGGAAGGAGUGCUCCGUUCAUCGUCACAUCCGGCCCCGCAUCGCAGUACUCGGUGGCGCCUCCGCAGGCGCCUCCCUACCCGUACCAGCCACCGUACGGGACAGAAGUAUAUCUCCAUGCAAGGCAAGUAAAUGACGCGCAACCUCCCGGAUCUAAUGGCCAUUUUCAGGCAGAGCUUUGGCAAGCACAAGCACAAGCACAGGUUCCCACCCCUGCUCACAGGAUUAUUAUGGAUGUCAACCGGCCAGGAGAGCGCUCCAACCCCAUCGUUAUGGAGGAUAGGGGAGGAUUCUACGAGCGCGUCACCCAGCCGGAAGAACCCAUACAUAUUCGGGAAGUGCGUCGCUGGUCUCGGCCCCCAGAGCCAUAUGGAAACCGCUACUUUCCUCUCCGCCGCGAGAGUCCGAUGGUGCAAGACCACGAGAUGGAUGGUGGUGUCGAAUUGUAUCCUGUUUCGCGGGAAACCGCCCAUGCAGUGCUUCCAUGGAGACCUCCGUACCAGACUCCCUUACAGCAGGCUCCCCUAGCCGCAUCUGACCACCGAGACCACGGUGCGAUCCAUAUCCGGGCCGUAUCGCAGUCCCCAUCCCACGCCGAGCACCAAGGGCUAUUCUCAUUACCUCGUAGGGACCAAAACCAAAGCAGCUGGGGCACCGCCAGAGACAGCCAGUACGGACACGGACAGGCUCGAGGACACGGGUACCGGUCACCGCCAAUCCAGGCAUCGCCGCGCCGGCAUGGGCCACGAGGGAACGUGAUUGUUCUCGACUAA